AAUGGUCCAGAAUGAUGGAGAAAGUUUUCCUUUGUAUUCUAUUUGCAGUGGUUGGUGGACAGAAAGACCGAUUUAGCCCAAAUCAACCCUCUAUUGUGAAACCAGGGAGAUGUCCGGUUUCUAAUGAAAUCACGCCUUGUGACUGUAACCUGGCGAACAUUCGGUGUAAUGGGGACCAAGACUGUCCCGGAGUUCAGAAGUGCUGUUCUUUCGGCUGCGGGUGCAGAACACGAUGUGAAGUUCCCGAGGGAGAAAAGAACAAGGUAUGUCGGUAUAACGGUAAAUUCUACAAGGUUGGACAGAGUUUUCCCGCUGGGGAUGGAUGUAAUAGAUGCACCUGUAGAUCCAACGGACAGGUUAUCUGUACACUUAUAGCGUGUGACACAAUGUGUGUCAAAGUUAUCUGUACACUUAUAGCGUGUGUCACAAGAUGUAGUUACAACUACAGGGCUUACAAACCCGGGCAGAGUUUCCCAUCAAUAGACGGUUGCAACAGAUGUACGUGUGGAACUGAUGGGCGUGUCAGCUGCACAGAACGAGCAUGUAUAAGGCGUUGUAUGUAUAACGUGACGUAUUAUAUCAGAGCUUGUUAUAUGUUGUUUUAUGUCGUAGAUAUAACGGCAGGUAUUAUAAAGUGGGUUGUAGAUAUAAUGGCAGAUAUUACAAAGUGGGACAGAGUUUCCCCUCUAUUGAUGGAUGUAACAGAUGUUCCUGUGGCUCUAAUGGUCGCUAAAUUUUGCUGUGGCUCUAACGUAUUCUGUACACUAAGGGCCUGUAUAAAACCUACAUCCAGAGGUGUCUGUUCCCAACCAAAGGUUGUGGGUCCUUGUAGGGGAGCAUUCCGACGUUGGUGGUACAAUAAAUCGACCAAACGAUGUGAACUUUUUUCUUACGGCGGAUGUAGAGGAAACCAAAACAACUUCAGGACAAAGUUCGCCUGUCUCAGACGUUGUAGAAGGAGAUAUUAAUCUGUGAAGAUGUGACAAGAGUGAAGCUUUCUGACCGAGCGAUAUGUUCUUUUAAUCUAUUAUUAUAAAUUAAAAUAAUGGAUUCAAAACAUGAUUUAUUUUCAGUUUUCUGUAGGAAAAUGUUUUUCCUG